GCCAAAGCUGACGAACUUCCUCUGCUCGCCCAAAGCCCGGCCAAAACGGGCAGGAGAAUCGCUCAAGACCUGGCGGGUGUGAAGUGAAGUGACUUAUGAAUUGAUCAAAUUUAUUGCCACCCGAUAUAUGCGGGCAAUUCACUUUUUUUGCCAAGAUAUUUUUCGCUAAUGAACGGAGAUAAUUUAGCUCAUUUUUGUACUCCUUUUUGUUUUUGUGAAUUAAGUAAUGCACGAGUAUGAAUCGCAGUUUGUACAGCAGUGAAAUAUGAAAUACAAUACAGCGGCAGCAGCAGCAAGUAAUAAUAAAACAAAGCAAAGCGGGAGAAACAAAAAUUCUAAUAUGCAAAUUAAAUAAUUUUGUUUAUGGUGCAGUCGAAAGAAUUCCAAAAAAAAAGAGUUCCAAUACAGAAAAAUAUUAUAUGAAAAUUGAACCUGUUCUGCUGGAGGCUGGAUCCGGCGAUUGAGGAACAUCCGUAAACGAAUUACUUUUUGGAUUCCGCUUUUACAUCCUUUUUGGGCAUGAGUAACUAACUCGCUGAUUGACGGUCAGAACGCUGCGUCAUGUUGUUGCUGCCAACGGAAAUGUGUCCAGCAGCAACGACAGUAACAACAACCAAAAGUUGCCCAACGAAGAGUAAUUUGCGAAAAUCAUAAAAAAGUAGCGUAAAUAACUCCCGGCUCCGCCAGCUCCAAGUGGAGCAAAAGCAAAAAGCACAAAGGCCAAGCGCGAAAAGAGCCAGAAAAUUGCUGGAAAUCUUUUGGUUCACACCAAAACAGAGACCCCAGAGACAACGACCAUACCCAAGAACGACAACCUGAGGAACAACCAGAGCAGCAGCAGCAAGUGUCGCCGUUUUCUUAUGCACAAAAACCAUUCUGUGAUAUCUCAAGACCCAAAGAUGGCAUCGUUAACCUUGCACUUGAUAGUGAUAGCUCUGCUGGCGUCGACUGCGCUGUCGACACCGACCACACCGACCACACCAGCAACCAGCACAGCGACGCGGCAGCGCGGCAGGGGCGGCGUCGCCUUCCAGGCGGAGGGGCUGGGGCCCGCUAGGCUGACGGGGGGCGUGGCUGCCUCCACGACCAGCACAGAGGCGCCGACGUUGAGGGCGCCGCGACAGCGUCGUCCGCCCACGACGCAGUCGAUCGAUGUGACGGCGACGGUGACCCCGAUUCGCAGUCGCGGGCGCGGUGGCAGCGCGGCGACGCCACUGCCGCCGGUCACAGCACCAACAACGGCUAGGGUGCUGCAGCGACGACGCAGCAGCACUUCCAGUACGACAACAACAACGGCAGCCACUCCUGCCGCUGGAAGGUCUUCCAGGGAUCGGGGGAGUGUGAGGGGGCCGCGACAACCGCGCGACACGCCGGAAGCCAGUAUUCGCCGCAGUUGGCAGUCCGCCCAGCCCACCGCCACCCCCUACCACGCCUACGCGCCCACUUCCAGUCCCAGCUCCAGCUUCGACUCCAGUUCCAGCUCCACGUCCAGUACCACUUCCAGCCGAGGCGCACUUAAAACGCCACGCAUGAUCCAGCGCCUGGUGGCCGGUCACAUCCACAACGCCCAGGGCCACUCCACCUACGAGGUGUCGGCGGUGAGCGCCAACAGCUCUUCCUCCAGCUAUGGACCCUCCACGACGCAGAGUACCACACCCUCCUCCUUCUCCUCUCCUACGACGUCUACGACGACGACGACGACCACAAAGCAACCUGCUUUGAGGAGCAAGACGAGCAGCAGCUACCGACUAGCCAAGCCCUCGACCAGGCCCAGAUCGAGCAGCACAGCGGCCCCGACGAGAUUCAGUAAUCCGCCCAGCACCUCGAGAGCCACCAGCCCACUGCCUCCCCCGCGGUCCAACACUCCCAACCCCUUCAGGGGGCAGGAGUCCGACGACGACGAGGCCCUGCUCAACGAACCCGACGACUUCGACAACUGGGACAACGGGAUCCUGCGUCUGAGUGCCGGCUCCGGCAAGGAGGCGGAGGCUCCGGCCAAGAAGCCGCCCAAGGAGGACCAGAAGAAGACGCUGGCGGACCAGGUGCGGGACGGCAAGUACGGCCUGAUCGAGAAGGAGCUGUUUCGCCGAGUGCCCAAGCGGCCGGGAGUGCUGAGUUACGCCCGCAACUCGGAGGUGCCGCUGGACAACGAGCGCAACUACGGCGGCCUGAACGAGGAGGACAUCUGGCUGGCCGAGGACCACCUGCUGGUGAUCAAGGGCGGCGCCCUGAACGAGGAGGCCGGCGACAACCAGCAGGGCCCCUGGCCGGCCAUCGACGACUACGAUGCGCCCGGGAGACAGAUCAAGCUGCCGGCGAAUCCGGCCGUGCCGCCUCCCUUUCCCGUGCAGCUCGAGCCACACGGGCCGCUGCAGCUUAUCCGAGAUAAUCAACUCGAGAUCCUCCGUCCGGCGGCUGGCAAUGCAACGCUAUCCGCUAAGGGAGCCCACCACCAGGGCCACCAAGGCGCCGCCGGUGAAGAUUUCGCAUCGCAUCCUGCUGCCCGGACGGGAGCGACUGCAGCAUCUCCGGCAGCUAAGUCCGCGGAGGCCGGCGGCCGCGAUAGCCAUUCCCCGGAUGCCCCGGCCUACGUCUAUCCGGCGCCCUACGCCCCCUGGCUGCUCUACCCCAACGACUCGGUGGCGUCCCAGGGUCUGCUGAGGACCCCGCCGCUGCUGGGUCCCUGGCUGAUCAACGGACUAAACGGGAACGGCUCGCUGGUGGGCGAUUCCCCGCUCCCCGCCAAUGUCAGCGACUUCGACGAGGACGAUCCCUCGCUGUACUAUCCGCCGGCCUACACGUUUGUCUACAAGAGCAACUACUCGAACCCGGUGCCACCGGGUCCCCUGGUGCCGGGCAUAGUUCUGCCCCCGCCCCCGGACCACUUCAGCCGACUGGAGGGCAGUGGCUCGACCAGGAGACCCCCGACCCCGAGCAGCACCACGACCACGAGCAGCACAACCAGCAGUACGACGACCACCAGCACCACCACUACCACCUCCCGGCCGCCGGUGCAGCUGCCGGCCAUCCGCACCUCGUACAAGCCCAAGUACAAUGGGAUCACCUACCUGCCGCCGCCGCCCAGGCAGAGUUCACCCAAGUACGUGGAGCGAGUGCCCGUGCCGGUGGCGGUGCCCAUACCCAUCUACCCCGUCAACUACACGCCGCGACCGCAGCUGGUCUUCGUGCCCAGCUCCACGGAGGGCAGUCGCCAGGAGCCGCCGCUGGACCCACCGCUUUCCAAGUCCAACCCCAUCUACUACGAGUACUUCGAGGCCAAGCGGCAGCCGGGCUCGAUCAAGUCCAACGUCAUCGACGACUUCCUGGCCACCAAGCCGCCCAAGCGGCACCAUCACAACCACAACAACAUUGGCUCCCCGCACCACCACCAGCGGGAGCACCUGCAGCACUACAAGGCGUCCCCCAGUCCGGCCAACGACGUGGCCCCCGAGGUGGUCAACAUCACGCCCAAGCCGAGGACCGCCCAGCUGCAGCUCCACGCGGAGUACGAGGCCUCCCUGGGCCAGCUGCUCAGGAGCAACCUCAUCUCGCCCCCGGCAGCAGUCAACGUCAGUCCGGGGAGGUUCCAGGCUCCCGACUUCGACAAGCAGCCCUUCCUGCCCAUGGUGAACUACAGUGCGGACGAGCAGGACCAGAACGCCUUCAAGGCGAUAGUCUACCAGCCUCCCGGCCAGCGGCAGCGGCACCUGCGGGUGGGCAAGCAGCAGCUGCAGCUGGAUGCAUCCUUGGAGGCCUCUCCGCCCGACUCCUACCUGCCAGGACGCCACUUCCGGGUGGGCAAGCAGCAGCACCAGCAGCUCCAACAGCUCCAGCAACUGCAGCAGCAGCCGCAGAUCUACGAGCCGCAGAUCUACAGCACGCCAGUGCCCCAGUUUGUGGACGAUCCCCAGCAGCUGAGGCCCCCAUCGCCCGUCCAGUCCAGUCCCCUGCAGUUCUGGCAGCGACCUCCGCCGCAGUUCAAGAGGGUGCGCCCCAGCAGCAAGCAGGGACACCCCCAUCCCCAUGCCCACCCCCAUCCGCACUACCCGCCGUACUACGUGCCCGGCUACCCGAGUGCUCCGUCGGCGGAGCCCCUGUACCGCCUGGUGCCCGUGGCCCAGCACAAGCACUGGCGGAACAAGCAGCCGCAGCCGCCGCAGCAGGUGCAGUCGCAGCCCAUCCAGGUGCAGGCCCAGAACCAGGGCUAUCCCGACCGCAGCGUGAACAUCGGCCACAGCCUCGCCGGCGACAUCCUCGUCAACUACAACACCAACAACCAGUUCAAUCCGCAGGCGGAACUGGUGCCCCAGGCCCAGUUGGCGGCACCGCCUCCUCCGCUGUCCUACCAGGCGCAGAGCGGGCAGCCCCUGUGGGGCGACAGGGAGCGGGAUCGGGAUCGGGACCGGGACAGGGAGCGGUCGGUGAGGCAGUCGAGGGAGCAGCAGCAGUAAUAGUGUAUCGUAAUCCGAGUAAUCAUGUCGAUAAUGAUGGUUUCUAUGUCAUUGAUAAACGUAGUGUCAAAAUGUGAUCUAUAGGGAGGCCAAUCCGCUAUCGAAUCCCAGCCUAGACGACAAAAUGUUAAUCGUUCCAUGUAGCAAUCGUCCCUUCAUUCUAUACCAUUUCAUUCGCAGCCCGACAAUGGUCUCAUUUUCGAACUUCAACAUUCUGUAUUUUGUGAUUGAUGUUUUCAAGUAGUGUUUGUGGGUCUGAACAUUAAUCGAAAACAUUGAGGAAUUGAUUUAAUCUCAAAAUUGGUUGAGCUUUAUACAGCUUCUUUUCUCCCAGUUCGACUUCAUUUAACAUCUAGUUAGCGAAAUCCAAUCGAGCUCAAUCCAACACUGUUUCGCGUUCUUCGCCACCACUAACAAUAGUUACGUUAUGUAGAGCUGGUCAUAUAAGAGAUAAACCCCGAUUCGAUCCUGUUGCCAACGUCUUGAAAGCGAUAGACAAUCGAUAUAAAUCGACACUCGCUGGCAGGGGUGCAACAACACACACAUACAUAUAUAUUUAUACCAUAUAUAAGAACCUAUAUGCCUAUGCGGUAAAACAUAUUCACAACCCUAUGUAAAUAAUAAACGAGAGUAGGCGCUACGUACUCCACUUAGUCCUAGGGGCAGUAAAACACAUACCCGUGUGUAUGUGAACUUUAUCGAUAUCUGUAGGAGCGAAGGACUCUUCGCUUAGCCGUAGCUAUCUGUUUUAUCCUGCACACACUAUAUGUAUUAUUUUUUUCUAUUUAUUGUAAUCUGUUUUUGAAUGUUUUCCGAAAUCAUUGCAAAACUUUGUAUAAAAGCCAUAACAACUAAGGUCACUAUAAGUUAAAAUCACGCUAUGCAACUAAUAAACACUAUGCGUAAAAUUUAUCCUUAGUUUGUAAACCAUAAAUAAAAAUAUUUUUUUUUGUUAAUUUUAAACGAAUUAAAUAAUUUGUAGACUCAAAUUCUUAUUAUCGAAAUAAAGCAAAUUGAAAAUA